GGAGGCUCCCUCUGAACGAGGGCACCGAGGCGGCUCUGCCCUCCGGAACAGCGAGGGAGAGAAGCCCUUGUGCCGCUGCCGGGACGGGAGGGGCUGGAGGGAGAGGCGAUUUCUGAGCGAAGAUGAAUUUAGCAGAGAUUUGUGAUAAUGCCAAAAAAGGAAGAGAAUAUGCACUCCUUGGGAAUUAUGACUCUUCUAUGGUAUAUUACCAGGGUGUCAUCCAGCAAAUCCAGAGACAUUGCCAGUCAAUCAGAGAUCCAGCAAUUAAAGGCAAAUGGCAACAGGUCCGACAAGAAUUAGUUGAAGAAUAUGAGCAAGUUAAGAGCAUUGUCAACACUUUAGAGAGUUUUAAAAUGGACAGACCUCCAGAUAUCUCUGUAUCCUGUCUAGAUGAGCCUUUCAGAGAUCCAGCUGUUUGGCCUCCUCCUGUUCCAGCUGAACACAGGGCUCCACCUCAGAUAAAACGUCCCAACCGAGAUGGAAAAUCUUUGAAGAAAGACUCCCCAGGGCUUCAGCCCCGCGGGCCCGUGGGCAGGGCACACGUGGUGUCCAAGGUGGAGAAACCUUCGGGCAGCCGUGAAAGGGAAUCCAGAGUUAGAGGAAGAGAUGACAAGGGAAAGAAAAUACCCCAGGAUUUUGGUGAUGGGGAAAUUCCAAAAUUUGAUGGAGCAGGUUACGACAAAGACCUGAUCGAAGCUCUUGAAAGAGACAUCGUAUCAAGGAAUCCAAGCAUUCAUUGGGAUGACAUAGCAGAUUUGGAAGAAGCCAAGAAAUUAUUAAGAGAAGCUGUUGUUCUUCCGAUGUGGAUGCCUGAUUUUUUCAAAGGGAUCAGAAGACCUUGGAAGGGUGUGCUGAUGGUUGGUCCUCCUGGCACUGGCAAAACAAUGCUAGCAAAAGCUGUGGCUACAGAAUGUGGGACAACAUUCUUCAAUGUAUCUUCCUCUACACUGACGUCCAAAUACAGAGGCGAGUCUGAGAAGCUGGUCCGCCUCUUGUUUGAAAUGGCACGGUUUUAUGCGCCAACAACAAUCUUCAUUGACGAGAUAGAUUCCAUCUGCAGCCGCAGAGGCACGUCUGACGAGCACGAGGCCAGUCGCAGAGUCAAGUCAGAGCUGCUUGUGCAAAUGGAUGGGGUAGGUGGUGCUCUGGAAAACGAUGACCCUUCCAAGAUGGUUAUGGUAUUAUCUGCUACAAAUUUUCCCUGGGAUAUUGACGAAGCUCUCCGACGGAGACUGGAGAAGAGGAUUUAUAUACCUUUGCCCACAGCAAAAGGCAGAGCAGAGCUACUUAAGAUUAAUCUUCGGGAAGUAGAACUAGAUCCUGAUAUCAGCCUUGAAGAAAUUGCUGAGAAGAUUGAGGGCUAUUCUGGUGCUGACAUUACCAAUGUUUGCAGGGAUGCAUCUUUAAUGGCAAUGAGAAGACGUAUUAAUGGCUUAACUCCAGAAGAGAUUCGUGCACUUUCUAAAGAAGAGCUUCAGAUGCCGGUUACCAAGGGGGACUUUGAGCUGGCUCUGAAGAAAAUCUCCAAAUCUGUUUCUGCUGCAGACCUGGAGAAGUAUGAAAAAUGGAUGGCGGAGUUUGGAUCUGCUUAAUCUCAGUGACAGAUUUCCUUUGCCGGAGUUUUAUGGUUUUUGUUGUUCCCACUUUCAAAAUGAGUUAGAAAUCUUUUUAAAGGUUUAAUAAAAGGUCUGUCUCUGCCCUCAUCCCACCCCUUUCUGGUGCCAGGAUCUUUUAAGCUAUUUGCCUUUAAAGGGAAUGAACACAAUAAUGAACUGAUAUUGUAAAA